AUGCAGGCAGCCAAGGAGAAGAUCAGCGACAUGGCCAGUUCUGCUAAGGAGCACGUCAAUAUCGCUAAAGCCAAGGCUGAAGAGAAGGUAGAGAAGGCGACAGCAAAAACUACAGAGGAGAAGGAGAUGGCCCACGAGCGGGAGGAGGCCAAAAAGGCUGAAGCCAAGGCAGAACUACACAAGGAAAAGGCGGAGCACAGGACUGAAAGAAUGAAUGUCCACGCUGCUGACACACGUGGCCACCAUAGGCAGAAUCCCAUUGGAAUUGGAAUUGAUCCAGUCGACAAGCAUGUCUAG